UGUGCCGUAGUACAUGGUGUUGAAUAUGCUUUUGGAGCGCAUGACCAUGCAACGACUGGAAUUUUUGAAGUGGAACCAAAACAAUGUCCUGGCUUCGUAUUCAGAAAAUCAAUUUUGAUCGGAAGAACAGAUUUAGGCCCCAAGGAGGUCCGUGCAUUUAUGGAGAAACUAGCAGAAGAGUACUCUGGAAACACAUACCAUCUGAUCACCAAGAACUGCAACCACUUCUGUAAUGAUGUGUGUACCAGAUUGACGGGGAAGCCUAUUCCUCGCUGGGUCAACCGUCUUGCUCGACUUGGUAAGGAUUUUAUUAUCUCUUAUCAGUUUUUCGCAAUCCCACCGUUAUUAGUAGUACGACCACAAAACAAAACCACAGCACGAUGCCAAUGCCACAACCAGCUCUACCAUUGUUACCCCUUGCCCUCACAUCAUCACAGAUUCAAUCCAUCUUUAGAUUGAGAUCAUUGCAAACAUAGGAUUCAAAACUCAAUGGGAAAGAACAAUUUGGGUAGAAAUGAUGACUCUGUUGGUCAUUAUUU